AGUGCAGUCUAGCGCCGCGGCUUGAUCGUGAAUGUCAGUCUCUCUCCCACCCCACUGCCUCUCUCUCCCACCGAGCGCUGUCAGUGGUUGGCAACUUUGCUCAGUUCCUGAGAGAUCGCUGCAUUUCUGUUCUGAGAGGGAACUAACAGAGCUGGAGAGUGCGGCGGGCAGUCUCCCUGGGUUGUGAGAGACUGCUCCAAAGUUCUCUGGUCGGAGAGUUGCUGGGGAAUGUGGAGAGACUGGGCAAAGUGUUGAAAAGCAGCUUUGGGGAGGGGUGUCAUUCUGGCAGGACUAAAAUUCUUCAUUUUAAACUAAAAUAAAACUUCAUUUUAACCCUGGGGGUUACAGCUGUCACUCGCUUUGCUCGGGACCACGUGGAUUUGGGAGGAUACAUCAGGGAGAAAACGCCCAGUGGAGGGGCUGGGAGCUGCUGCAUGCUCUUGUCUGAGCGCCUGCGGACACAGAGCACUCAACAACUCGGGACAGAGUCCUACCAACGGGCCGGCCCCAAACCACCUCAGGGUCUCCUGCAGCCUGUCCAUGGGCAAUGCCAGCUUCUACCUGACACCUUCGUCAGUGAGGAGGACUUGACUUCUCACUCAGGGAUUGCAAGUGGGAUUCAGAAGAGCUGAAAAGUCCUACAAGAAGCUGUGUAAAAGGUUUUGGAGUUAGUCCCAGGAACGUGGAUAACCUUCAAGAACCUAAUGAGUAGCCAAAGAAUUUCUAGGGGAAUCAUAGUGGAAGAGGCCAUUGACCAUGUACCAUGAAGUCUCCCAAUUGUUCUCCUUGGUUAGUUGAACAGAAUGAAGAUAAUUGUUCUGUUUUCUCUCUGGAAUCCAGUGUUUUCUACAGCGAAGAAUGUCUGAAUAAAAAUUCUUUGAACACCAUCAUCAUAAAUGUAGGGGGUAGCAGGUUCAUCUUGUCCCCUGAAACUCUGUUGUCCCACCCUGAAACACGUCUGGGAAAGCUGGCUAUGUCCGAACAGGAUUCGGUGCUGGAGUUAUGUGAUGAUGCCAACUUUGUGGACAAUGAAUAUUUCUUUGACCGCAGUUCUCAAACAUUCAAGUACAUCAUAAAUUAUUAUAAAACUGGGAGAUUACAUGUGAAUGAAGAACUUUGUGCAAUGUCUUUUUUACAGGAAAUUGAAUACUGGGGAAUAGAUGAAUUUAACAUUGACAUUUGCUGCAGAGACAAAUAUUACAGACGGAAAGAAAUUAAUGAAGCUUUAGACAUAAAGCAAGAUGCAGAAAUGAUUGAGAAUGAAGAGGAAGAUUUCUCUGGAGUAGUCUGUGAAAACCUAAGACAAAAACUAUGGCUUAUGAUGGAGAAACCUGACUCUUCAAAGAUGGCGAAAGUAUUUGGCAUCCUUUCUGUAGGAUUUGUUCUCAUAUCCAUUGUAAAUAUGGCUCUCUUUUCCCUUGAAUAUACAAUAUUGGAACCCCUUUUAUUGAAUGUGAUUGAGUAUAUUUGUAUCACCUGGUUUUCUGCUGAGUAUUUACUGAGAUUUUUCUGUGUCAAAAACAAAUGGAAGUUUCUUAAGAGUCUGGUAAAUAUCAUCGAUCUUAUCGCUGUGAUCCCAUUUUACGUCACCAUGUUGGUGGAGCAACUUUACGGAGGUUUCACAGAAUUGGAAAAUGUGGGAAAGGUUGUCCAGAUCCUGAGGUUGAUGAGAUCACUACGUAUGCUUAAGCUUGGAAGACACUCAACAGGUCUGAAAUCUCUUGGAAUGACUGUGACUCAGUGUUAUGAAGAAGUUGGCUUACUCCUCCUUUUCCUGUCUGUCGGCAUUUCCAUCUUCUCAACAGUGGAGUAUGCUGUGGAGCAUAGUGUCCCAGAGACAACAUUUUCUAGUGUACCCUCUGCAUGGUGGUGGGCAACAACAUCUAUGACCACUGUGGGUUAUGGAGAUAUCCGUCCUGAAACUACUGUCGGGAAGAUAAUUGCUUUUUUAUGUAUCUUGACUGGCAUAUUGGUCUUAUCACUACCCAUAGCGAUUAUAAAUGACAGGUUUUCCUCUUGUUACUUUACCCUCAAGAUGAAAGAUGCUGCCCUUCGACACCGUGAUGCUUUGAAGAGGCUCACCAAGAAUUCAGCCUUUGAUUCCAUUGCCAAUGUUAAUUUGCGAGAUGUUUAUGCACGUAGCAUUAUGGAAAUGCUACGGAUUAAGAGUAGAGAAAGGGCAAGCACUAGAAGUAGUGCUGGAGGUGAAAUGUGGUGACAUAGUGUUAAUUAAUGUGGUGUGCAGUCUAUUUCCAGCCAGUUAUUUAUAAAUCUUAGUAAAAGAGGCAGCCUCAAAGUAUAGUUGCUCAGGACACUUUUAUCUCAAACAUAAACAUUACAUACUUUUGAUCCUAACUUCAAUCUCCGUCUUAGUUGGAAAAGAAAACAAAAAAUAUUUGAAAUUUUAGUACUGCCAGUUGUGAUGUUACCUUUCUGAUGGAUUCAGCCUCCUCACAGUCAUAAAGUCAGGGAUUUUAAUGACCGGUUUGUAAGGCUACUUUUAUAAGCGAACAUAUCUGUAAACCAACACAUGCAGAAAUUAGUGUCCCAUAAAGUACCGUGUAAAUAUUUUCAAACUUAAAUUGCUCCACUAUGGAGAAUGGAGUGACUUAACUGAGGAGAAACGUGGACCAUGGAAAUGCUGAACUAAAUAGAUCCAAGAUUACAUUUCUCAACUAUUUAUUAUAUAUACACUAUUUAUUGGAAUUUGUAACUAAAUCAUUAUUAGUAUUUCACAUCGAUGUCUUCAUAUUAUAUUUUUAGGAAUUAGUUAUUAACAGAAAACAGUUUUGUACUAGAUUUUAUAAAUGGGACAAAUAUCAAAUGUUAAUGUGCUGUCUAUCUCUUUUUGUUCUGACUGCUGAGAGCAUGUGAUUAAUUCUAGAAAAAUACUGAAAAUCAAAGAGAAAUUAUCUAAAAUCAAACUGAAAGGUAUUGAACUUUUUGUCCACUUAGAGCUUGUCUGCAAAACAAACCUUGAAUAUUGUAAAAUUGAAUAAUAUUGUUACAUUGGUUUUGGAAUACGUCUGUAACUCUCCCAGAAUUUGAUUUUUCUUGAUCUGAAUAAAGUAAUUAAUAUGUCAUAUUUCCUGUUAUUGUAACUGUAGUUAAGAAGACAAAAGGUUUAUUUUCUGUCAAGGUAAAAAAAAAACCCUUUAGGUUAACUCAAGUCGGGCAUCACAUAAAAAUGUUUUGAGGGCAAUCAGUAAAAUACAUCUCGUUCAAGCAGACUGAAAAGGACAUCAUUAAAGCCAUCACC